UUUUUCUGCUCACAGCAAACACAUCCCACGGCAUAUGCGAGCUGAGCUCUGCGGAGCGUAUGCCUCGGCUGGGCACCUACCUGCAAUGCAGCGCCUACAUCUUCCUGCUUAGCUUCAAGCCGUCGGAGCCUCACCUCUCUGCGUACUUGGAAGAGGUCAAGCACUUGACCAAGCACCAGCGAGAUGCGGAGGUAUAUACUGUCUUCACCUAUGCUUCGCUCGUGGUCGUUAGCCUCGUGGCAGCUCUGAAGCUGCACACUUUGCACACGCCGAUGAAAGGCAUCAGCGAUAAGGCGCUGAUCCUGUUCGGCUGCGCGGCCCGUUUAGCCACGCGACUCCUGCUGCUUUGGGGUGACUCGCUGCUUGCCAUGCAGCUCAUGCAGGUGGCCUACUCCGUGGGCCUGUUGGGGGAGAUGGCCUUUUACGCGUACUGCCUGAAGGUGAUCCCUGGGCAUGGGCCCAAGUUGGUGGCAGUGGUGCAGGGCGCUUACUUGGUGUCGCACACCGCUACCGGCUUUUUGGGCGACUGGUUGCUGCGCUACACAGACAUCGGCCUGAUGGGGCUGAUGUGGAUCUCUUUCUUCGCGGUUCUUGCGGCGUUCCUCAUCGCCCUCUCCUUUCGCAGCCUGAAGGACGAGAGCGGGCCACUGGUCUUCUCGCGGAAGGCGCUGCUGAGGGCCGCCUAUAGGAGCCGGAGCUUUUGGCUCAGCACGGCCUGGUGGACCUUGAGCUAUCCUAGCUACAUGACCAUCUUCGGCUACGAGUCCUCGUUAUACGCGGACCAAGACUUUGUGCACGAUAACAAUGGCGCGAUAUUCGCUGUUGCCCUUCUAGCGGGCGCGGGCGCUUCGCUGCUGCUCUCCUGGGAGUCGGUGGACUUGCGGGCAGCCGCGCGGCCACUGCACAGCUUGCUGGCCUGCAGCCUCAUGUUGGUGGCCGCCAUGGCUGCCAUGAGCUGGCAAGGGAGCUCAGAGUGGGUCCUGGCGUCCUCCUUCACAGUCUUCUUCAUCUUCUGGAGCUUUGCCAAUGCACUCUUCUACGGGGAGACGCGGCGUGCCUGCGACGAGGGCGUGCAGAGCUUGGAUUGUGAGGAGAGCGAGCGAGUGGCCGCAGCGGAGCGAGUAGUGUCCGUGGCGUUCAUGGUGAACUCGGCGCUGGGGACCCUGCUAAAUGGGUUAGUGUCCUUCAUAACUUUCACCUGUCUUGGCUGGAGAGUGGAGGGCGUCUAUCAGCUUCUGACCUUGUGCCAAGCCGCGUUGACGCUGGUUGUUCUGCUGCUGGCAUUGUGCAGCACUCGUCCGGAGGACGGUGACACCAGCAGCGAUAGCUCUGACACGCCGCUGGGGCGUUGUACGAGUUAGAGUUAGAGUUGUUGGCCUCAGGCUCUUCCAGAUGAUCAAACUGAUCUGAGUUAUUUUUCGC